UAACGAAGUGUUCGUGGGCAAAAUUGCAUUUACAUGAAUUUGUUUUGUAAUUUGUACCAGUCAAGUGAGCAAAGGGGCAGUAUUAAAAUGCAGACCACACAAGUGCAACCUCCCAAGCGGUAUCCAACAAAUCUUUUGGCCAAGGAACAUUGGGCACAAAGAGUUUUUUACUCAUACAACGUUCCUAAAAUGCAGGAAUUUCUUAAUAAAAUCCAUGAUUUGGAGGUGUAUGAAGACGAUGUUUGGUUGGUAACGUUGCCAAAAUGUGGUACAACUUGGAUGCAGGAACUACUGUGGCUAGUCAUGAAUAAUUUUGAUUUUGCGACGGCAAAAAGCGAACAUUUAGAAUUACGUUCUCCUUUCAUGGAAUUUGAUUUUCUGAUUUACCACGAUUUGGAGAGAGCCUUUAAACCAAUUGAGAGUCUCAAACGUCCUCGUUUGAUAAAAUCCCAUCUAUCAUUGGGAUUAUUGCCUGCACAAAUCUGGGAUAAAAAGCCCAAGGUCAUUUAUGUCUCACGAAAUCCCAAAGAUGCCUUCGUUUCGGAAUAUCAUUUCUUUCGCCACAUGGGCGAUUUCUCUGCCGAUCAUACGCUAGAAGACUAUCUUAACAAUCGCAUGGAGGGCACAAGUUCCAAUGAACAAUUUGAUAAUAUGACCGAGUACUAUGCAUUGCGAUCGGAACCUUGGCUUUACUAUACCAGCUACGAGCGCAUGAAAACCGAUCUCAGAAGCGUAAUUCAAGAUGUAUGUCAGUUCCUUAACAAAUCCAUUGAUGAGGAGACAAUGCAGCAAAUGUUAAAGCACCUGUCAUUUGAGGAAAUGAAAAAAAAUCCCACAACAAAUCAUCAUUGGGAAAUCGAACAAAUCCAUAGAGAACGACAGGUGUCUCUGGAUGACUUCAAUUUCUGCCGCAAAGGAAAAGUUAAUGGCUACAAGGAAGAAAUAUCGCCUGCUAUGGUAAUGAAAUUGGAUAAAUGGGUCCAAGAUAAAAUGAAGCUCUACGACACCACUUUGGAGGACUUAUUAGUUUUAAAUUGAAAACCAAGCUUAUGUGAAUAUAAAAAAAAAUUGAAAUAUAAUACGCAGCUAGAUGCAAAAUGAAA